AAUGAGGUUAACUAAGGUUAAUAAAUACAUCUGAAGAUGGCGGUACUAUCAAAGAGUCUAUUUUCAAUAUCUAUUAUCGCCUUGACGUUCGUGGUUGAAUAAGGGAGGGGUACUUCUUGUGCGCCGUGUUUGUCGUGUCGUUUUGGUGAGACGUGAUGACGUCAGACUUGAAGGCUCGAGCCGUGUUUGAAGCCGAAAAGGGCGUGAAAGUGUGGUGUGCUCAUCAUUUUAUAUAAUUUAUUUCAUUAGAAAUAUGUACAAAUAGGUGUAGUGUCUGAGUGAAUUGUUAAUUAUGUUCGGUGCUGUCUGUGCGUGAUAGAAAACAUGUUUCGUUGUAUACCGAUAUUCAAAGGGUGUAACAGGCAGGUGGAAUACGUUGACAAGCGUCACUGCUCGUUGCCUAGUGUUCCCGAGGAUAUUCUACGUUAUUCACGUAGUUUGGAAGAAUUACUUCUAGACGCGAAUCACAUACGUGACUUGCCGAAGAAUUUCUUUCGUCUGCAAAGACUUCGACGAUUAGGACUAAGUGACAAUGAAAUACACCGCUUGCCGCCGGAUAUUCAAAAUUUUGAAAACCUCGUGGAGCUGGACGUGUCAAGAAAUGACAUACCGGAUAUACCUGAAAACAUCAAGAAUUUGCGAGCUCUACAGGUGGCUGAUUUUAGCAGCAAUCCUAUACCUAAGUUACCAGCUGGGUUUGUGCAGCUGAGGAAUCUGACUGUUUUGGGUUUGAAUGAUAUGUCGCUAACGAACUUGCCAUCAGAUUUUGGAAGUUUAGAAGCGCUGCAAUCCUUGGAAUUAAGAGAAAAUUUACUCAAGUCACUGCCAGAAUCGCUUUCUCAGUUAUUGAAACUUGAACGAUUGGACCUCGGGGACAAUGAAAUCGAAGAGUUGCCAGUACACAUAGGGAAAUUGCCGGCGUUGCAAGAGUUGUGGCUAGAUCACAAUCAGCUGCAACAUUUGCCACCUCAAAUUGGAGAGUUGACUACAUUAGCUUGCCUCGAUGUGUCAGAGAACAGGUUGGAGGAUCUUCCGGAAGAGAUUGGUGGUCUUGUUUCGCUCACAGACCUGCACUUAUCCCAGAACGUUAUUGAAAAGCUGCCUGAUGGGCUCGGCAAGCUGAAGAAACUGACAAUUCUAAAGGUGGAUCAAAAUAGGUUGUCUACUCUAAACCACAACGUUGGCAGUUGUGAAAAUCUCCAGGAGCUUAUUUUAACGGAAAAUUUCCUCUUGGAGUUGCCGCCGUCUAUUGGAAACCUACUAAACCUAAAUAAUUUGAAUGUGGAUCGAAACAGCCUUCAGUUUCUUCCUACAGAAAUUGGCAAUUUACUGAAGUUGGGUGUCCUCUCCUUGCGUGAUAAUAAAUUGCAAUAUCUUCCGAAUGAAGUCGGUAAAUGUACAGCUCUCCAUGUCUUGGACGUGUCCGGUAACAGAUUGCAGUACUUGCCAUACUCGUUGAUCAAUUUAAACUUAAAAGCAGUUUGGUUAAGUGAAAACCAGGCUCAGCCAAUGCUGACAUUCCAGACAGACAUUGAUGACGAAACGGAACAGGAAGUACUCACAUGUUUUCUUUUGCCACAGCUUGAAUAUCAUCCCGAAAAUCAACAUGAUAGAGGAAGGUUAAGUACGUUGACCGGGAUCCGAGAUACGAUUGUAGGAGAAGAAAUGAGAGAAGUGGGAAGCAGCGAUGACGAGGGUUGGCAAGAAAGGGAGGCUUCACGUACACAUUCCGUCAAGUUUACAGACGAAGCACCAGAGACUGACAAGGAGACUCAAUGUAUUACUUGUGAUCACCACUUACAUCUGGUACAAUUCACAUAUUUUCACCUUGAAGAACUAUCAACACCAUUUGUACGUCAGAACACGCCUCAUCCUAAGGAAUUGAAGGCUAAGGCUCACAAGCUGUUUGGUAAAGGCAAAAAUGAAAGCCGCUCAGGAUCAACUGAGGAGCAGGAUGUUUCCCAAACUUUUGGUUUGGAUAAAAUAGAAUCAGAGGAACAAACAAAAGGUACAGAAUUGGAAAAUUUUAUAACUACUGAACAGGAAAAUCAGCCUUUACAGAAUUUCGUUGAAGUCGACAAGUUCGGACACAGUGUGUCCGCUUUGGAAGCGUUGGAUGACAUUCGCGAUGUUCCUAUACCAAACGAACAAUCGCCUGUCCCGCCCCAACAGCCUUCCGGCCAGAAUACCUUGCAGGAUGCAGAAAUAGAGAGACUGCUGCCCGAUGCUAAAAUUAAAGACGAUUCCGACGAGGAAGACGUACAAAGGCACGUUGAAUUUUCAGUAACAGAAGGGUCAAAUAACGACGAAAGUAUGGGAGAAGUAGGCAGACCUAACAGGCUGCAUCGGCGAGAUACCCCCCAUCAUUUGAAAAAUAAACGAAUUCACACGUUAAUCGAUAAGGACAAAGUUGCUUCCAUUAUCGCACAGGCAUUAUUGAAAAAAGGUGAUGAGCUUCCAGUAUCACCCUUACCUCCAAUGGAUACCACAGACGACCAACACUGUCCAGAUACAGUAUCAGAUGCAGAGCCAUCGAUAGAAGUGCGUGAAGAACAAUAUGAGAUUCACAUAGAAAGAACAACGGGAGGUCUUGGCCUAUCCAUAGCUGGUGGUAUAGGAUCGACCCCGUUCAAGGGGGACGAUGAAGGAAUUUUUAUUUCACGAGUAACAGAGGGAGGACCCGCAGAACUAGCUGGACUCCGAGUGGGAGAUAAAGUAAUUGCUGUUAAUGGAGUGUCAGUCGUUAACGUGGAUCACUAUGAUGCUGUGGAAGUUUUAAAAGCGUGUGGCCGUGUUCUUGUGUUAGUUGUUCUCAGAGAGGUCACCAGAAUAAUUCCAUCAUCAGAGCAAACGUCAAUAAGGAAAGAUUCGGUGUGUUCAAGUUUGAGGACUAGCCGAGCCCCUAGUGCAACAUCUUAUGUAUCGUCUACUCUCUCGCAUCAUCUUGAAAAUGGAGAGAACCAAUUUACACCUCACGAUACUCCGAAGAUAAAAAAAAUACCUGAUCCAAUUCCAAAUGCCAGAGCAAGCAGCGAGCCUAUGAUGACUGUAUUAGUGCACACUACGCUCAUUCGGGACCAAAAUGGUCUGGGAUUUAGUAUUGCUGGUGGCAAAAGCUCUCCACCUUUCAAAGAUAAUACCGAUGCAAUAUACAUCUCGAGAAUUACUGAUGGAGGCGUUGCACAAAAGGAUGGAAAAUUGAUGGUUGGAGACAAAGUUAUAUCGAUAAAUGGAGUCGAAAUGACUGGUGCCAAGCACGAACAAGCUGUAGGCAUGCUUACUGGUCUGGAGAGAUUCGUUAGACUAGUAGUUGAACGCGAAAUACCCUUAACUCAGGCGAAUCCUUCUAAUCCGUUGACCCCGUCAGAAAAAUCUCCACGAGUCAUCGGAACACCGCGCCCGUACACGGGACUUUACAAUGCCAACAGUUAUAUGGCGAAUAGGCCGGGAUAUGCAGGGUAUCGCCGCUCUAUGGACGCGGAUAAAAACUUGACACAAAGCCCAACGUCUAAAACGCCUCCUCCUACCAACGCUGAGGUUGUGAACGGAGCUUCUAAAGUCAAUGGAAUUACCGAAACUGCGAAUCCUCUCAGAAAUUCCACACCAGCAAUGUUGUCUGGCGCUAAUAACGUAAACCAGCCACACCCACAGUCACAACCACAACCACAGCCAGCUCCGCGGCAUAGCGUUUCUCAAACAGCAUCCGUUGCUGUUCCCGCGCCAUCUGUAGAGCGAGAAUCAAGGCCGGCUUCACCACAGGAGGAUAUACAGGUACCGAAGCCAAUCACCAACGAGGAAUUUCAGGCCAUGAUCCCUGCUCAUUUCCUACGACCUCCGACAUCCUCGCCCUCACCAGACUCCCACCAGGGCCCUGUCGUCACAGUGACUAUCAAGCAACCCGAUAAUCUCCCAAGGGAUAUUAACUUCCCCCCGGCGCCAACCACCAUUGGCAAAGUUACCGAGACCAUCACAAAGAGCACCCUUACCGAAACAGUGGUCACUAGAGUCACCGACAACGAGCUGGUUCACCCAGUCAUCAUUGAGGAUGUCGUGCUGGUAAAGGAAGGAUCUCUUGGAUUCAGUAUUAUUGGCGGAACAGACCAUUCGUGUAUACCAUUUGGAGUUAAGGAGCCUGGAAUUUUUAUAUCUCACGUUGUACCUGAUGGCAUAGCUGCGAAUUCUGGAAAGCUGAGAAUGGGUGAUAGAAUAUUAAAAGUAAAUGGGACAGACGUAACAAAAGCUACUCACCAGGAAGCUGUGAUGGAACUUCUGCGGCCUGGUGAUUUCAUUACACUCACCAUCCGACACGAUCCAUUGCCAGAUAGUUACCAACUGGUCGAAAUAGAGUACAUUCCAGUAACAGAAUUAACAAUAAUCAAAGAGCCAGGAGAAAAACUUGGGAUGCACAUAAAAGGAGGAUUAAGAGGGCAACGUGGUAAUCCCUUAGAUCAUACUGACGAAGGCGUUUUCAUUUCAAAAAUCAAUUCUGGAGGUGCGGCCAAAAGGGAUAGCAGGUUGAAGGUUGGAAUGAGGUUAUUGGAAGUUAACGGUACGUCCUUAUUGGGCGCGACGCAUCAAGAAGCAGUUAAUAUUCUCCGAUGCUCAGGAAAUACGAUAACUUUGGUGGUCUGUAAAGGAUACGACAAAAACGACUUGGAGCAAGCACUGUAUACGUCUAAAGGGAGGGAUUCUAAAGAGUCACGAGGAUCUCGAGAAUACAAGGAUUCUACAACCGACGAGGUAAAGUCCUUGUCACAGAGUGUUUCCAGUUUGGAUCGUGACGAUGAGGAUACAGCUACAAUGCGGCAAGAGCAGGAAAUGAAAGCUGAAUUGGUUGCCUGGGAACAAGAAGAACGAGAACGAGCUAUGAUGGAGUACAGAGAAAAAUCUACGCAAGAAAAGGUGCUAGAUGUUGUAAGGGCAGCAGAAUCUCUGGUGAACAAACCAAACAGUCCGGUCGAUAUGCAUGUACCUCCCAAGUCUCCUGGUGGUACAAAAGACCUGAAAACGACUACUAUUGUCAUGACCAAACAUACCUUAGCACCCCAGAACUCCACUUUAAUUAGCAAAGAAGCCGCUGCAGGAACAUCUGUGGAUGGUGUAGUCUUGUCGAUUCCUCCAACCUCUUCUACUCAUUCCACUCCCUAUACCCGAAUCACAAACCAUGAUUUUCACUCUGCAAUACAAACCCUACCCUCCCCCUACUCCGGAACAGCACCCAGUAGAUCUAAAUGUACCGUUACUUCAGCAACACUUCCAAUGCCUUCUAAAACUACAGAAACCACGGGGGAUGAGUUAUUCCCACACUGUAAUGUAGCAUUAUCAUCAGUCAAAACAACAUUUAUUGAUUCAUCAGUACCUUACAUUCAGCCUCCAAAAUUCCGAAUUCAACAGCGUCCAUUAUCCACGCUUGAACCAAGUUUGUCUCCCGAAGAAGCUGUUCCCCAAAAACGAUUUUCUAUUAAUGACCCUUUUGACAAUCAUCGCUCACGCCCCACUAGACUUCCCCCGACGCCACUGACCAGCCCUGGGUACAUUGAAGAAAUCAUUCCUCCUCGUCCUCCUCCCUCCAGAGAAUUACCGCAGAUUGCACGCUCUGUACACUGGAAAUCUCAGGUUGAGCCCACGUCAACACCAUCUCCACCUCCCGCUUCGACAAAGAUGUCCGUUAGCGAUCGGAAAAGAUUAUUUGAAUCUGCUAUGGAGGAGCACCUGAAACCUUCUCCAAAACCAGAGAAGGUGUUCAGCUUUCUGAGCCAAGAUGAAGUCGAGAACAUGAAACAAGAAGAAGAAAGAAAAAUUGCCACGUUAACACGAGAUGAAUUGAAGUCAUGGGCUCAGAUUGACGAAAAUGAGGUAUUAGAAGAGCCAGAGGAUAUGAUGGAGGAGCAGGAUGACAGAAGACCUAAUAGCCGACUGUCUUCACGAAGUCCUCAUCCUCUAUUACACAACGCACCAAGUAUCGUCAGGACUGCCAAAGCUGAACGACGCUUGAAGGAAAGAAUGAUACAAGAGGGCUUAAUUUCGGAUGAAGACGAAGAUAGCCAACUAUCUCCUGCCAAACAACGAGCACUGAGAGCGGAAAAACGCGCUGCUUGGAGACAAGCACGACUUAAGUCUCUCGAGCAGGAUGCUCUCCAAGCACAAAUAGUGAUCAAGAAGAUGAACGAGAUGAUGGAUACAUCUGGAAAGACAGAUAAUUUGGCUGAAUUGACAGUCACAGCUGCAGAGCCACCAACGGAACCAGAGAAUGUGACGGAAUUCGCCACAUUACGACCGUCUAGUGCAGAUUUUCCUAAGCUUGCUGUGCGCAGCAAGAUUGGCCCCCCAAAGGCUGUACGUGAAUGUGAAAAAGUAGUGGAUGAAAAGGUCACUCGACGCACCGAAGAGUAUGUGGACGAAGUGACGGGUGAACGCCGUGUGCGAACCGUUGAAUACGUCGAGAAGCUGAUUGAGCAUGAGGUCGAAACUCUCAGAGAAAAAAUUAUUUCACUGGAGCUCAGUAAUGCCGAAGAGGAAGCUGAUAGUAUCGGAGAAACUGGUGCCAGCGAUGCUGAAAGUGAGAGCGAAGAUCCCACAGCUCAAACUUCUGUGAGUACACCCGUGGAAGAGAAAGACACCGAGUCUCAUAUUUCCACACCAAUCAAUGUUAAUCUCCCAGCGACUAUACCGCUUAAAAAGAAAAAACGAAAGCGUUCGCGCAAAGGGCGUCACUAAUAAUGACAAUGAAUUUAACGAUUCUAAAACUUCCGACAAUAUUCACGUAGAAUAGUAUAGACGAAUUCAUAUUAUGAAAUGUCACAUCAUGCUACCGAUCAUGUCAACUCUUACUCAGCUUUUACAAUUUGAUAUAUCGAAAUGUUGUUUUGUGCAAUAUUUCUUUCCCAGAUCAGACUAGCAUACAUGAGUGACUAGUAUUCUCAACAUUGAAAUUCAUCAAAUAUAGAUCACAACUACAUAUGAAAUAUUCCAGAACACAAAUUAGCAUGAACACGCUGCUAGUAUUUAGUAGUUUGGAGAAGAAAUUACUUUUCUGAGGCAGCAAUUGUUUCAAAGAUGAAUCAAGUAUUAUGCUGCCAGUCAACAUUCAUUUAUUUAUCUCAACUUUAACAAACAAAUUACCCUUUCACUUAUUUACUUAACAUAUAUAAUUAAGUACUUGACACAUUGACCUUUCAAUGUGCACAAAGGUUUCGGGUCUUACCAGAAAUGUACAUUCCUAAGUAUUUUUCUAUUACUAUAGUUGCAUCACAUGUUAACCCUAUGUAUUUCAAAUGGUAGCUAGUUGUUUUUCUCAAUAAAAAUUGUCUGAAAGAAUUGACAUGCUGUAAGGAUUCGAUCAAGCGGGCUCCUCAGGCCAAUGAUAGAGUUAACCUACACUGCCCAUUAUUACCAUAAUUAGGCAUGAUCAAGGUCCUCCUGUGUGGCUCAAAAGUACCAAAGAGUCCACUCGACCAAAGCGUCGCAGCAUGUAUUUUUCUGUUCAUUGAAAGUACACAGCAUUACAACGAAAGCGAAGUCAAAGUAUUAAAUCACGAAAAAGGCAGCAAAACACUAUUUAUUUAAUUGCUAAUGGUACUAAUAAGUUCUCAUUUAGACAAAACUCUGACUUAGGCUAUGAUAUUAACAGCUCCUUGUGCUACAGAACAUGCCGUGUACCAUAUUUUGCAUUAUUGUUUAAUGUAUUGAUGUACAUAAAUAAAUAACUUGGUAUAUUUUAAAUAA